CUCCGUCGGUCCGUUGUCGGUCCGCUCCGCUGUCAGUCCGGUGUCGGUCCGGUGUCGGUCCGCUGCAGCUGAGUAUCGCGGAAACAACUUGAUCAGUUGUCCGUCCCUUCUGCCGCAGCCUCUGGAUCAGCCUUCGGAACGCAGCAGGACUACAGAGUCCGUUUGUCCGGGAGACUUGUACUGUUCAUCGUGCUGCUUGGGAGGAGACAUGUCUGCUGCCAGCCUGGACCAGAACAGCGGAGGGAACAGCGGAGGGAACAGCGGAGGGAACAGCGGAGGGAACAGCGGCGGGAACAGCGGCGCCGCUCCGGCAGCGGACGCGCAGAGCCGCAGCCUGCAGCCGCACACGGUGUUCGUCAUCCUGGACGCGGCGGAAAGCCUCAACCUGAUCCGUGUGGAGUCAGGUAUUGUUGCAGAUAUCGAGGUUGACUCUCUCCUGCCGACAGAAACCGACUCCUUCUACCAGAUAAAGAGCCAGCCCAUCACCAUUAGUCCACCUGUCACAGAUUCCUCCUCCUCCUCUUCUUCCUCACUGCCAUCAACUAUGUCUUCCAGGGUUCUGAUGAGGCAGGAGCUGAUGCGCCAGCAGACCAGAGAGCAGGAGAGGAGGGAGGCCCAGCUGCAGCUCCUCCGCCCAGCGGCCGACUCCUCCACCCCCAUCUCUGUGGCCUCCUCCCUGGGCUCCCCCGCACCUCCCGCACAGGUCCCUGUGGAGGUGCUGAAGGUGCAGACCCACCUGGAGAACCCGACCCGGUACCACAUCCAGCAGGCCCAGCGGCAGCAGGUCAGACGGUACCUCUCCACCACCAUGGCUUGUUCCAAACCCACCAACGGAGUGAUGGAGGUGUCGCCCAGCCACUCCUCCCAGUCUGGCUCCGCCCCCGAGCUUCAGCCCGCUGCCGGUGGCUCUCCCAGCAGCCCUCUGGCCGUGUUGAACCUGGGCUCUAAGGAGGAGAUGGAGGAGACGGUGAUUGAUGACAUCAUCAGUCUGGAGUCCAGCCUCAAUGACGAAUUCCUGACACUGAUCGACUCUGGGUUACAGCUACCUAACACGCUGCCAGUUUCCAGGAAUGUGCUGGACGUUUACAGCAACACUGGAACAGCGACGCCCACCAUCACCGUUAGCAACAGCUGCCCUGCCAACCUGCACGAUGUGAAGGCUGAACUGAACGAUGUGGAAACCAAAGCCCUGAUGAAGGAAAGACAGAAGAAGGACAACCACAACCUCAUUGAGAGAAGAAGAAGAUUUAACAUUAACGACCGGAUCAAGGAGCUUGGAGCACUCAUCCCCAAAUCCAGUGACCCGGAGAUGCGGUGGAAUAAGGGAACCAUCCUGAAGGCGUCGGUAGAUUACAUCCGUAAACUGCAGAGGGAGCAGCAAAGAGCCAGAGAGAUGGAAACACGUCAACGCAAACUGGAACACACCAACAGAUCCCUCCUGCUGCGCAUCCAGGAGUUGGAGCUCCAGGCUCGUCUCAAUGGGCUCUCGUCCUCUACCGAACCCAGGGACCCCCAGGUCCUCCUCUCCUCACCGCCCCUGCCAUCCUCCUCUGCAGUUGUCAUGACAACCCAGUUAACCACACCCCUAGACUUGGAGGCCCUCACCUUCACAGAGCUGGACGACUGCCAGGGGGCGCCCACGGUCUUCUCGCCAGACUUGAUGAGUGACAUGGGGCUGGGCUCACUGAACGGCCUGGGGGAUAUUCUCAUGGAGGACAGCAGCAGCAGCAUGCUGUCGCCUGUAGGUGGUGCCGACCCGCUGCUCUCCUCUGUGUCUCCCGGGGCGUCAAAGAGCAGCAGUAGAAGAAGUAGUUUCAGCAUGGAGGAGGACCACUGAGGAGCCAGCCAGUGAACUAACAGGACUAGAUCAUGAGUUCAUCACAUGGAGGGAAUUCAUUGGCUGACGCUGAGAGCAGAAAUAUCUUUGAAUUUCAGAAAUGUUUUGAACCAAAUUCAGCAGAAACAGCAGAAAACAGAAACAAGCUGUCACCAUGGCCGACUGCCGUGAGCUGUGUGACAUUUGAACAUGAACACACCCAGGUAAAGUUAAGUCCAGAGCCACAGGUGGAUCUUCUGGUAUCUUUCUGUGGAACUGGUCUCUUCCCAGCAUCACAUCUGAACAGUGCUGCUGAGCAGUGCAGCAGAUCGAGGAGCUGUACCUGCUCCUCUCUGGGUUAAAAAACCCCCCCCCCAAAAAAACUUCCCUUAAUCCUGACUCAUUCUGGCCCUUCACAUCCUCAACCAUUAGAUAUUUCUCCACCAAACCAUAGCUAGUUCCUCCUUUUUGACCAAUCACAAGAGCCCUGGGUGGACAUGUGGCACAUGUGACUCAGCGCUCUAAUUUUGGUACAAUAAAAAAAACCCAGUUUAAAGACUUCACCAAAAGAAAGGGACACGAUGUUUUUAAGUGUUAAAAGUUUGUCUGGGUUUGAGAUGAUGGAUCUUAAGUACCUUUUUUUGAAGUUAAACUAUUCAAACUGCUUAAUGCAAUUUGAAUCAAAACGAUAAAUAUCUAUGCAAGAGCCGUGAUGUCGAUGCAAGCCCAGUAGACUAUAGCAGGUCGAACCAAGUCCACAUAGAUGAGAAGAGUUGUGAUACACAGAUGAAGGCUAGCUCCUAACCCCAACAGAACCGCAGCAGGAUCUCGGCACCAUGCACAAAGCCUUUCUCUCCAAACUAAAGGCUUCCAGAAAUUUAGAAAACCCGUUUGGGUUUUCAGUCGGUCGGCAGCAGGGCCCGCAGGCUGCUGGAGACCACAGAGAAAUGGACCAAGAGUCUUUCUGCAGCAUGUAAGUGGCUUGUUGCAGUAUCUGAGAAGGGAUUUUCAAAGGGAAUUGGAUUUAGUGAAGCUGACGUUGUGUAGUGGUUUGGAUUCAGAUGAACUUGGCUGGUGUCACGGUGGUACCAGUCGGUGUGUGUUAGCUGGGUUACCGACAUGUCUCGUGAUGCUAGCCGAGUUACUGACAGCUUGUUCAGAGCACAGCCCUCGGAUGCUAAUGCUGAAAUAAUUUGUACUUCUAAUGCUGCAAACAAGCUCGACCCUCGGCGCUGUGAGGAACAACAGCACCCACAACUCACAAGGUUCUCCUGUAAUGUUCAUGUUUCCUCAUCCUCAUUUGGAGAUGUGUCAAAAGUACCUUGGGGCAUAUCUUAAAGCAACUCAGACAUCCCCUCCUACACAGUGUGAUGAAGUCCAUGUCCACUGAUGCUAAUGUUGAUGUUCAACAGAAACAAGACUAGAUUAAAACCUAGUAUAUGGCUGGACUGCGACUAAAUUUGAUAAAUGUUUGUUUUUGCUGUACUACGUUUAAAAAGCGGCUGUUUCAACAUCGGUUCUGUGAACAGCUGAUGACAACAGAAAACUGUUCACGCCGAUUCAUUUUGGAAGAACAACGGCCAAUAGGGAAACUCCAACUGGGCUGUCCGUCCGACCAGUGGUGAAACUCCAUCACUCAGUCACGGACAACCGCGAGUGUAGGGCUGUCCCCGCUGCUGCCAAAGAGUGCAAAUUCAGAAAUCACCCAUGGAAAGGGUACAGUCUGUUAUCGGCCACUGAAUUUUAAACAGUAUGAUGGUGAUGAAAGUGUAUCUGGUUCAGAAAGAACCAAGAGAACAUGCCAUGUUCUGUAGACUACAACCAGAAACAAAUAGACAAGACACAUGAAGAAAAGAAAAGAAAGCAUACGGAAUGUAAGGAUGUGGAAUAAUGCUCAGACUCUAAAGUCAUCACCAACCCCACCGCAGCAGCACUAUCGAUAAUACAGCAUAUGGUUAUCUAUACGUUUCUCUCCUCACUGUGUAUCAGUCCUUCAAAAUACCAUCAGUACUCAAGCAACACGCAACAAACACAUGAACCAUUUAAUCCUGCCCCCACCACCCCCACCCCCACAUGCUGUUGUUGGAAUGUUCCUUUUCUUACAGCUUUCCUUCACAGUUUAUCAGGAAACUUCCAGGUCGUUCCUGGAUUGAGGUCUAGGAAUCUGAUCUCUCCUUCUGGAAAGGCUGUCCUGUGUUUCCUCCCUGGAAGCGAGUAGCAGAGGAGCUCUGAAUGUCAAAGCCAAAACUACCGUAUGUGCAGGUAAUGCAGCUGCACGGGCCCCCACAACAGUUUAGGGCCUGCAUGCACGGGCCCCUCUUUAUCUUGCCACUAUCGUAUCAGAGAGCUCCAGCAUGGAGUCUACGGUAUACCCGCGGCCACUCAACUUUAAGUAAGCGGGAAGUAAAAUGGUCAAGGUAAAAUCUGCGUCAGGGUGCGCUGACAUCGAUUAGGUUUUCAUCUGGUAUGGUUCUCCGACACCAGAUGUUGUUCAGGAGGCUGGUCUAUCACUAUCUUGGCCUUGCCGUUAUGACUCCUCUUCUACAGCACGGCGGUCUGCUGUCCUAGUAAUCAUUUUGUUUGGGUGUCGACUGCGCAGUGCAUUCCGCUGUUGCUGGUCGUUUUAAAGCUGCAUACUUUCCCUUCUUUCAUUCGCUACUGACAUGAGGUUAUGGUAAUCUGAUUGUGAUGUGCGGGCCGGGGCCCGCUUUGACUAUCUUGCAUUGGGGCCCGGCGCUGACUCGUUGUGCCGCUGAUGAGGCUCCUUCUAUGUAUCAAAAUAGAUUAUUUGAUUCCUGCCGUGAAAAUCUCGGUCCCAUUGGUUAUGAAGAAAGCCUUCUUGGUGUAGCUGAUUUCGGAUGCGCCCAGUGGAACAGCAACAGUCUGAUUCCCUGUGUCAUGUUUUGUUUUUUUUCAUUACAUGGAAAGAAAAUUACAAAAUAUGAGCAAGAUAUGGUUGCGGCUUUACACAAGAGACUUCUGAAGCAAAGUACUGACGAAAACAGAGCAUUCAGACAAAACAGUCUGGUCAAACUCCUUCUGCAAAUACAAUCAUGUGUUUUUGUUUAGUUUGGUAUUGUAAAUAUGAACUGUACACACAUCUUUGUAACAUCAUGUACUGAAAGUAAACUCAGACAUGAACUACAUAGUGAAGUUGCUAGAUGCUAGAUUCUCCCGAUGAACACAGGGAGGCAGAGGAGGGUGAAUGAAUGAAGUGAUGGCAUCUCUGCUGCUUCACCAGCGUCUCAGUGAGGGUACUUGACCAACAACUUGAUGAUUUUGGUUUAACUGGCUGAACUUGAGGUAACUUGGAUAAAAUCGCAGCACCAGAGAUCAGCCUCUGAAGCCAUCAUGAACCAAUCACAAGCUAGCCUGGUCAGAUGUCCGACCUUGGCCGCAGUACUACUGGCUCCACAGCAGUCUUAUCAGCUGGCUCAGAUCAGCUGCUGGCUGCUCAUAAGGCCAUGUGGUCCAGUAUCACUGUAAAGUGCAGGGCGUUUAUCAGACCGUCCUGCAGGCAACAUCGUAUAUUUAAGUUGCUUGACAAAAAAAUUCCUGUUUCCUUCCUUCACCUUCCUGUCUUUCACAGAUCAGCAGUCAUCCUCACACUCCAUUCAACCACUGGUGUUCAUGUCAACAGGUUGAGCUUUUCCACAUCAGCUUGACUUGUUCAGACCUUUUAUGUGAUUAUGUCUUUCUGUAGUAGUACAACUUUGACGAGAUAGGUAUUUUUUUUCUGUUUUUCUUUUUUUAUACUAUAUAUUUGUUCUCUUGAAGAUGUCUUCUUAUUAUGUAGUCUAAUCCUACUGCAACCACAAUAUGCAUCCUCCUGGCUGCUAAUGUCCACAACUGACUGUACCCUACCAGUUAAACGCAGUAACAGAUAACCACAUGGGCCUGACAGCCCUGAAGUCCCAGAAGGGCUAAGAGACUAGUUCCAGUAGUACUUGUUGGGUUCAGAGACUGGUUCCAGUAGUACUUGUAGAGUUCAGAGACUAGUCCCAGUAGUACUUGUAGGGUUCAGAGACUGGUUCCAGUAGUACUUGUAGGGUUCAGAGACUGGUUCCAAUAGUACUUGUUGGGUUCAGAGACUGGUUCCAGUAGUACUUGUAGGGUUCAGAGACUAGUUCCAGUAAUACUUGUAGGGUUCAGAGACUGGUUCCAGUAGUACUUGUUGGGUUCAGAGACUGGUUCCAGUAGUACUUGUAGGAGUAGAAUAUCAGUAAAUGACAGUAAUCCUUGUUUCUGAUUGAGGAUGUCCUCAGUACUGUGUUUGUAUCAGUGACAGAUCAGGACUGUACAACAAACAAGGUGGCUGUAAGUAUGGAGCCAUGUCCUCCAUAACAUCAGCAUGCUACCAUGUAUUAACCCAAGCCCUGGAGCUCAACUGACAGGAGGAGCAGGAAAUCUCUGCCAAAUCCCUUCUUUCACAAAGGGAUUUUUUAUAUCACUCAUUGCUGUUAUCACUAUCAUGAUUUUUUUCGUAACUUCAUUAUUUAUGUAGUACAUGUCUGUCUCAUAUUAUCAUGUCUCAUAUGUUGAUUGAUGCAUUGUUUUAUUUUGACAGAAUCUUACUGUUUUCUAUAGAAAUAAAGGCACCAAAGA